CGGACGAGAUAACGGCUGGCCCACACUGACGCUAUCACAUACAUUGGCUGGCACUAACUAGAACCCAGAUCUCAAGGCCGAAUCCCCGGCUGCCGCCACCACCACCGCAACCACCACCACAACAAAAAUGGACGAACAUUGUAUGCAGUCAACUACAGAACACAGACCACGGUAGAAGCGGGCUUGUAGCACACCAUUGGCUUGGUUUGCGCGGCGCGCAGUUGUCAUCUGUUCGCCUCGAUCCGGUUACUGCCGCUCGGGCGAUCAGUCGUCACUCGUCGUUCGUGCGGGUGGUGGUUUUGUUAUUAGUCGACCUUACCAUGUCGGAGAAUAUUCUGGAAAUCAUCGAUACCAGGCAACUGAAACCAUAUAAAUACCCAAGACUUGUGUACAAAGGGUACCUGUUCCAUUACCACAAGGCAUGCAACCGUCACAUCCGAUGGAAAUGUAACCGUGUUUAUUCCAUGAACUGCCAGGCUGUUCUCCGAACGACAGUAAAUAUGGAAAAACCAAUUCUUAUUAAAUUCGAUCACGAACAUCUACACGAGGACGACACUCAUUCAAUUUUUGAAUUAAAAAUGAAAAUAAUGGCACUCCGUUCAACGUCCCAGUUUCAGAAUAAUACCAAGUUUAAAUCAACGAAUGGUUAUAUUGAAAUUAAAUUAAAUAUUGAGGAUAUACCUGUGAACAAUAAAAUGUUUAAUCCGAAGAAUGAUUAUGCUGACAUUAAUUUUAAUGAAGACGAUAUAGCUCUGAAAAAUACAAUGCUUAAACCAAAGAAUGAUUAUGCUGAUAUUAAUAUUGAUGAAGAAGAUAAACCUAAUAAACUUGUUUCAUUUUGUACUUCUUAUAAUCGAAAGAUUUUUGUUCAUCCCCUUGAUCCUGAUUAUGAACAUAAAUACACAGAUGAAUAUGAACAAAAAAUAAAAAAUAAAAACAUAAAUGAUAUAAGUUUUGAUUUUGAAUGUCCAAAAAUCAGAAUUACAAGAAAUACAAGUAAACAAAAAAAAAAUUCUGAUUCUGAUUACGAACAUAAAUACACAGAUGAACGUGAACAAACAAUAAAAAAUAAAACCAUAAAUAAUAUAAGUUUUGAUUUUGAAUGUCCAAAAAUCAGAAUUACAAGAAAUACAAGUAAACAAAAAAAAAUUGACAUUAAUAAUGUGGAAAAUGACAUAACAGAGAAUAAUAUAAGGUGUUCUCCUUUCAAAGCUAAGAUCAAAACUUUUAACAAAGCUCAUAAGAAAAAAUUGCCAAAAAAACAAAACUUGAUUGUCAGUAAGAAGAAGAAAAAUCAUGAACAAAUGAAUGCAUGUACUUUGCUUACAAAUAUAGGUACAGAAAAAAGUGCUUUGAAUACUAACACAGAUAAAAAAAUAAAUAAUAAGACUAUUAAUACAAGCGAUGAAAAAAAUUCUUUGAUUAGUAAUAUAAACAAAGAUAAUAAUACAUUGACUAGUAAUAAUACCUAUGAAGAAAUAAAUCCAUCAACUAGUAUUACUCACAAAGAAAAAAAUACAUUGACUACUAAUAUUUCGACUAGCGAUGAACAUAACAAAAUAAAUAUGUUAGCUAUUAAUACUCAAACUAUCAAAGAAAAAAAUGGAUUGAUUAGCAAUAUAAAUAAAGAUGAAAAUACCUUGACUAGUGAUAUAAUCAAAGAUAUAACUACUUUAAUUGCUUGUCAUACUGGUAAUACAAAUGAUGAAAUAAUUAACUUAACUAGUAAUACUCAUACUCACAAAGAAAAAAAUGCAUUGAUUAGUAAUAUAAAUAAAGAUGAAAAUACCUUGAUAAGUAAUAUAAUUAAAGACGAAAAUGCCUUGAUAAGUAAUAUAAAUAAAGAUAAAAAUACUUUGACUAGUAAUACACUUGAAGAAAUAACUAUGACAACUUCUGUUACUACUCGAAGAGGAAAAAAAUCAUUCUUAAAAAAUAUAAAUAAAGAUGAAAAUGAAGCUCACAAGAAAAAAUUGCCAACAAAACAAAACUUGACCGUCAGAAAGAAGAAGAAAAAUCAUGAACAAAUGAAUGAAUGUACUAUGCUUACAAAUAUAGGUACAGAAAAAAGUGUUUCGAAUACUAACACAGAUAAAAAAAUAAAUAAUAAGACUAUUAAUACAAGCGAUGAAAAAAAUUCUUUGAUUAGUAAUAUAAACAAAGAUAAUAAUACAUUGACUAGUAAUAAUACCUAUGAAGAAAUAAAUCCAUCAACUAGUAUUACCUACAAAGAAAAAAAUACAUUGACUACUAAUAUUUCGACUAGCGAUGAACAUAACAAAAUAAAUAUGUUAGCUAUUAAUACUCAGACUAUCAAAGAAAAAAAUGCAUUGAUUAGCAAUAUAAAUAAAGAUGAAAAUACCUUGACUAGUGAUAUAAUCAAAGAUAAAACUACUUUAAUUGCUUGUAAUACUGGUAAUACAAAUGAUGAAAUAAUUAACUUAACUAGUAAUACUCAUACUCACAAAGAAAAAAAUGCAUUGAUUAGUUAUAUAAAUAAAGAUGAAAAUACCUUGAUAAGUAACAUAAUUAAAGAUGAAAAUGCCUUGAUAAGUAAUAUAAAUAAAGAUAAAAAUACUUUGACUAGUAAUACACUUGAAGAAAUAACUAUGAUAACUUCUGUUACUACUCGAAGAGGAAAAAUAUCAUUCUUAAAAAAUAUAAAUAAAGAUGAAAAUAAAGCUCACAAGAAAAAAUUGCCAACAAAACAAAACUUGACCGUCAGAAAGAAGAAGAAAAAUCAUGAACAAAUGAAUGAAUGUACUAUGCUUACAAAUAUAGGUACAGAAAAAAGUGUUUCGAAUACUAACACAGAUAAAAAAAUAAAUAAUAAGACUAUUAAUACAAGCGAUGAAAAAAAUUCUUUGAUUAGUAAUAUAAACAAAGAUAAUAAUACAUUGACUAGUAAUAAUACCUAUGAAGAAAUAAAUCCAUCAACUAGUAUUACUCACAAAGAAAAAAAUACAUUGACUACUAAUAUUUCGACUAGCGAUGAACAUAACAAAAUAAAUAUGUUAGCUAUUAAUACUCAAACUAUCAAAGAAAAAAAUGCAUUGAUUAGCAAUAUAAAUAAGGAUGAAAAUACCUUGACUAGUGAUAUAAUCAAAGAUAAUACUACUUUAAUUGCUUGUAAUACUGGUAAUACAAAUGAUGAAAUAAUUAACUUAACUAGUAAUACUCAUACUCACAAAGAAAAAAAUGCAUUGAUUAGUUAUAUAAAUAAAGAUGAAAAUACCUUGAUAAGUAACAUAAUUAAAGACGAAAAUGCCUUGAUAAGUAAUAUAAAUAAAGAUAAAAAUACUUUGACUAGUAAUACACUUGAAGAAAUAACUAUGAUAACUUCUGUUACUACUCGAAGAGGAAAAAUAUCAUUCUUAAAAAAUAUAAAUAAAGAUGAAAAUAAAGCUCACAAGAAAAAAUUGCCAACAAAACAAAACUUGACCGUCAGAAAGAAGAAGAAAAAUCAUGAACAAAUGAAUAAAUGUACUAUGCUUACAAAUAUAGGUACAGAAAAAAGUGUUUCGAAUACUAACACACAUAAAAAAAUAAAUAAUAAGACUAUUAAUACAAGCGAUGAAAAAAAUUCUUUGAUUAGUAAUAUAAACAAAGAUAAUAAUACAUUGACUAGUAAUAAUACCUAUGAAGAAAUAAAUCCAUCAACUAGUAUUGCUCACAAAGAAAAAAAUACAUUGACUACUAAUAUUUCGACUAGCAAUGAACAUAACAAAAUAAAUAUGUUAGCUACUAAUACUCAAACUAUCAAAGAAAAAAAUGCAUUGAUUAGCAAUAUAAAUGAAGAUGAAAAUACCUUGACUAGUAAUAUAAUCAAAGAUAAAACUACUUUAAUUGCUUGUAAUACUGGUAAUACACAUGAUGAAAUAAUUAACUUAACUAGUAAUACUCAUACUCACAAAGAAAAAAAUGCAUUGAUUAGUAAUAUAAAUAAAGAUGAAAAUACCUUGAUAAGUAAUAUAAUUAAAGACGAAAAUGCCUUGAUAAGUAAUAUAAAUAAAGAUAAAAAUACUUUGACUAGUAAUACACUUGAAGAAAUAACUAUGAUAACUUCUGUUACUACUCGAAGAGGAAAAAAAUCAUUCUUAAAAAAUAUAAAUAAAGAUGAAAAUAAAGCUCACAAGAAAAAAUUCCCAACAAAACAAAACUUGACCGUCAGAAAGAAGAAGAAAAAUCAUGAACAAAUGAAUGAAUGUACUAUGCUUACAAAUAUAGGUACAGAAAAAAGUGUUUCGAAUACUAAAACAGACAAAAAAAUAAAUAAUAAGACUAUUAAUACAAGCGAUGAAAAAAAUUCUUUGAUUAGUAAUAUAAACAAAGAUAAUAAUACAUUGACUAGUAAUAAUACCUAUGAAGAAAUAAAUCCAUCAACUAGUAUUACUCACAAAGAAAAAAAUACAUUGACUACUAAUAUUUCGACUAGCAAUGAACAUAACAAAAUAAAUAUGUUAGCUACUAAUACUCAAACUAUCAAAGAAAAAAAUGCAUUGAUUAGCAAUAUAAAUGAAGAUGAAAAUACCUUGACUAGUAAUAUAAUCAAAGAUAAAACUACUUUAAUUGCUUGUAAUACUGGUAAUACACAUGAUGAAAUAAUUAACUUAACUAGUAAUACUCAUACUCACAAAGAAAAAAAUGCAUUGAUUAGUAAUAUAAAUAAAGUUGAAAAUACUUUAUCAAAUAAUAUAAAAAAAGAUAAAGUUGCUUUGAACAGUAAUACACAUAAAGAAAUAAAUACGGUAACUUCUAAUAUUCUUAAUCACAAUAAAAAAAACUCGUUGACUAGUAAUACACAUGAAGAACUAAUUUUGUUAACUUCUAAUACUCACACUCACAAAGAAAAGAAUUCAUUGGAAAGUGAUAUAAUUAAAGAUACUAAGACAUUGACUAAUAAUAUAAACAAUGAAAAAAAUAUUUUGACUAGUAAUAUAAACAAUGAUAAUAAUACUUUGACUAGUAAUACAUGUGAAGAAAUAAUUCUGUUAAGUACUAAUACUCAUACUCAAAACGAAACAAAUUAUUUAAAAAGUAAUACAAAUAAAUAUGAAAGUACUUUGACUAGUAAUAUAAACAAUGAUAAAAAUACUUUGACUAGUAAUACAUGUGAAGAAAUAAUUCUGUUAAGUACUAAUACUCAUAACCUCAAUGACAAAAAUUCAUUGAUUUGUAAUAUAAAUAAAGAUAAAAAUAUUUUGACUAGUAAUACACAUGAAGAAAUAAUUCCAUUAAAUACUAAUAAUCAUAAUCACAAUGAAAAAAAUUCAUUGAAAAGUAAUUCAAAUAACGAUGAAAAUACUUUUACUAUUAAUACACAUGAAGAAUUAAUUCCGUUAAGUACUAAUACUCAUAUUAACAAAGAAAUAAAUGCAUUGAUUAGUAAUAUAAAUAAAGAUAAAAAUACUUUGACUAGUAAUACACAUGAAGAAAUAAUUCCAUUAAAUACUAAUAAUCAUAAUCACAAUGAAAACAAUUCAUUGAAAAGUAAUUCAAAUAACGAUGAAAAUACUUUGACUAGUAAUAUAAACAAAGAUAAAAAUACUUUUACUAGUAAUACACAUGAAGAAAUAAUUCCGUUAAGUACUAAUACUCAUAUUAACAAAGAAAUAAAUGCAUUGAUUAGUAGUAUACAUAAAGAUGAAAAUACUUUGAUUAGUAAUACACAUGAAGAAAUAAUUCCAUUAACUACUAAUACUCAUAUUCACAAAGAAAAAAAUUCAUUCAUUAAAAAGAAGAAUAAAGAUGAAAAUACUUUGAUUAGUAAUAUAAAUAAAGAUGAAAAUACUUUGACUAGUAAUACACAUGAAGAAAUAAUUCCGUUAACUACAAAUACUCAUACUAACAAAGAAAUAAAUGCAUUGAUUAGUAAUAUAAAUAAAGAUGAAGAUACUUUGACUAUUCAUAUAAAUAAUGAUAAAAAUACCUUGAAUAGUAAUACACAUAAAGAAAUAAAUACAUUAACUACUAAUAUUCUUACUCGCAAGAGAAAGCACUCAUUGAUUAGUAGUAUAAAGAAAGAUAAAAAUACUCUGACUAGUAAUGUAGACAAAGAUGAAAAUUAUGUUAUUAGUAAUAUAAAUAAAGAUGAAAAUAUUUUGACUGGUAAUACACCUACAAUUUUAACAUCUAAAAUUAAUAUUACACCUUCAAUCAAAAGCUGUGUGAACAAGUUUAUUGGUGUUGAGGAUGAUACUAGAAAUAUUGACAACGAUAGCGAUCAAAAUCAUAUAGACUAUAAUGAUGGAGAGCCUAAUAAUGUAACCAAUGAUGUUAAUUUGGUGAAAGAUAAUAUGAUAUCUAUUUAUUGUAAAGAAAAUUGGCCCGAAAUUUUAAACAAAUUGAGUGAUCCCUUGAAAGGAACUAAGGUGUUUGAAAGUAUUUUAUUUAACAAAGUAUAUGAACGAAUAAUACGUCAAUCUACUAAAAAUAAAUUACGUAUUAAGAAAAUGAAAGGCCUUAACGAUAAUUGGAAAUUAAAGUUUGAAUGUUUGGCAUUUAAAUUGAAAAAUUGUAUAGAAAGUACAAAAUGUGAUAUAAAUACAAGACAUAUCAGUAUUCAAAAUCAAAAUCAAAUGGACAUAACAUUAUGUAAAAAUAUUGAAGUUGGAGAGAAAGAAAACAAUUCGGCCAUAAACAAAAAAGCUUCUACAGAUUUACAAAACAAUAUUACAUCAGAAAACUUCAAAACUCCAAAAUUAUACCAACAUUCUUUAAACAUUGAAAACAGAAAUCUAACUGAAUCUGUUACAAAUAUUAAGACAACUAAAUACAAAGAAAUGAAAACGAAUAUAUUUUCUACACAGGCGAUAGCAGAUUUGAUUAAGGAUAUUCCACUAAGUACAACAGUUUCAAUAUUAAGUCCAGAACCGUCAAAAAGUAACAAAAGAAAUUUAACCGAAUCUGACACAUGUAUUAAAAGAGCUAAAGCUAAAAUAAUAAAAACUCAACAUUCUUCUAUACCAAAUUUUGAUCAUAUGGAUGUACAUGUUCCUCCAGAUACAACAGUUUCAAGAAUAAGCCCAAAAUCAUUUUAUACUAAACAAAACAAUUUAACUCAAUUUGACUCUGUUAUUAAGAGGACUCAAUCUAAAACAAUCGAGUCUAAUGAUCAGUCUACUUCAGUGUCUACAAAUGUAUGUCCAAAUACACAAAUUUUGACUCAAUAUGACCCAGAAAUUGAAACAUCUGAAAUAACUGAAUCCAAUAUGAUUAAUUAUUACAAACCUUCUACUCCAGCAUCCAUUGAUAUAACUGUAAACAAUCCACAGGUUAUGACAACUUCAGAAUUAUGCUAUUAUUCGUUAAGUAAUGAAAAAACAAUUUCGACACAAUGUAACACGGAUAUUAAGAAAACUAAAUCAAAAAUAAUGGAGUCUACUCCCGCGUACAUUGAUUUAACUGUAGACAGUCCACCAGAUAUGAGAGCUUCAAGUGUAAGCCCAAAUAUGUUAAAUGGUCAAUCAAGUUUGACUCAAUGCAAUACACAACUUGAGUGUUAUGAACCUUCUACUUUAGCAUCCAUUGAUUUGACUGUAAAUAAUCUACCAAUUAUGACGAAUUCAAGGUUAAGCAUUGAGAAUAAUAUAUUCACUGAAUGUAAUAAUGGUAUUAAGGUAAUUUCAUCUACUUCAAUGUCCACUGAUUUAAGUAGUAAUAUUUCAACGUUUUCAAGUCCAUCUCUGAGGGCAAUUACUCUGAACGAUAAUCCUGCUUUGCUUAGUCGAUCAAAUAUAGAGAUACUUGUGGUUGAAAAAGAUGCAACACUUACGACAAUACAUUUAAAUAGAUUAAAACGCUCAGAUUGGAAGAGCCCUAAAAACCUGACGGUUGUUCCACAAAAUAUUUCUAGCACGUCAUUACAUGAAAGUGCUCUUCUUCCAGUUGCUAUAAAACGAGCAUCAAAACCUAAUUCGUCUCCACCAUCAAAUUAUCCAAUGUUAAAUAAGCUGCUUACAAGACCGAUUGGUAAAAUUCUAAAACUGGAUAAAAGAAAUACAUUAAAUACACCAGCGAAUAAUCAAAUGAGAGCACCAUUACCACCGACUAAUACAAUUAUGAAAAUAGAUAAAAGAAGUUUUAUAUUAAAUACACCCGCCAUUUCUGUCAGUAAUCAAAUUAAUGCACCAUUACCACCAACUAAUACAAUUAUUAAACUGGAUAAAAGAAAUAUAUUGAACACAACACCCAUCAAUAUUCAAAUGAAAGCACAAUUACCAUCGACCAAUACAAUUAUAAAACUAGAUAAAAGAAAUAUAUUAAAUACACCCGCCAUUUCUGUCAAUAAUCAAAUUAAUGCACCAUUACCACCAACUAAUACAAUUAUUAAACUGGAUAAAAGAAAUAUAUUAAACACAACACCCAUCAAUAAUCAAAGGAACGCACCAUUACCUGAUGUUGUUUAUGAAAGCACUCAAAUAACAAAUAAAAUCAAUUCUCAGGAGACUAUUCAAUCAAAUUAUUCACUUAAUCAACAUAAAGUACCACACCAAAUCAAACCUGUACCCACAGCUAUUCCAUUACUACCUUCAGAAAUAAUCUAUAAUUAUUCAGACGGGGUAUAAAUUAUUUGUAUUUAAUUUAUUAUGUAUUUAAAAUAUUAUAUGUAUAUAAAUAAACUAUUUUUAAACAUUGAUUUAAUUUUGUGUAAAUAAUGAAUUUAAAAAUGAACCAAUUAUUGAAU